AUGCCGCACCGCGCGAGCCCACUCUUCCGGAACAUCGUCCUCCGCAGCCCGCUGGACGGCGCCAGGAGGAAGCAGUGCCUCCAGUACCUGCAGACGCUGCGGCGGCUGCAGUUUGACGGCUUCAAGACGGUGUACCUGGGGGAAACGGAGAUCCCCGAGGGCCUGGCCACGGGCGAGGACCUGGGCGACGGGCUCGGCGUGCCCAGCCCCAGCUGGUGCGUGGUGCACGCGGGGGGCAGCCAGGGCUGGGUGCCCUGGCGGUACCGCGUGUACCUGAGGGACGAGCUGAGCGUGCGCCCCGAGGACGGCUUCUUCGCCGAGUUCUGCGAGGCGGCGAGGAAGGCCUACGGGAAGUGCGCCAUCGUGGUCAAGGACGCCCGGCGGCCGGAGGCCCGGCCCCCCGAGGACGGGGCGCCGCCCGCCCAGGCCCGCGCCAGCCUGACCGGCAUCGCCUGCUGCCCCGACGUGGCCGAGGCCUGCGGCCACGAGCUGCUCAGCCUGCCCGCCCCCUACAACUACCUGAGCCCGCUGGACCUGGCCUGGUCCUCGCUCAAGUGGUUCAUCAUCAACAACCGCAAGGAGUUCUGCCUGCAGUCCAUCGACAGCCUCUACGCCUACCAGUUCAUCCUGCUCAGCGAGCUCAUCGGCAAAGGCGUGGAGCGGCUGGGCCCCGGCAAGUGGAGGACGCUCAUCAACAAGGUGCGCCGGUGGGAGAAUUACUACCUGGGCAAGUUCUCCUAG